CCGGGUUCAGGACCACAGCGAUAAUGUCCUCCCCGGUCCGCAUACCCUCGGGUGUGUUGGUCAGCCGGGAUGAGCACUGCGCUGUGGAGUCACCCUGCUCGCGCGGACACCUUGCGGACGCGACCUCGACCUCGACGCGCCCGACUUCAACCCUCUUUCUUUCCCCUACCGGCACGGUGGCUCAGUCGGGAGCCCUUGCGCGUUCGAACCGCGGCCCUGUCCUUUACAAAGCCCCAACCGGCGUCACUUGGCUCAGCUUCUUCUCUGUUUACUCGAAUUGAAUGAGC